AUGCCCAAGACCGAUCAUCCUCUAACAGACUUAGACUGCCUCAGUUUUGACUGCUAUGGGACACUCGUGGACUGGGAAGGCGGUAUCUAUCAAGCACUGGCCCCUCUUUACACGCAGCUGCCGGACGACCACCCAAUCCGGCACGAUCGGUUGAGUCUUCUGAGAGCCUUUAUCAAGAAUGAGGGAAUUAUCGAGUCUGCAAACCCAACGAUACUUUACAAAGAGGUUCUGGCCCAAACUUACGGUCGGCUGGCUGAGGAACUUGGUGUUGCCGCACCCAGAACCAACAAGGCAAAGUUCGGCUCAGGAGUCGGCGACUGGCCAAUCUAUCCAGACACUGCGGACGCCUUAAAGAGGCUCCAAGAGCAUUUUAAGCUUGACAUUGGCUCGUACAAGCCCGACGCUCGAAACUUUGAUUACCUCAUCACACAUUGCGAAGAGGAUUUAGGUGUUGAGAGGAGGAAGAUAAUUCACGUAGCGCAAGCCCUCUAUCACGACCACGUCCCGGCCACUGCUGCUGGGCUUGCUAACGCAUGGAUUGAGCGUGGUGAGGACAUGCCGAGCGCCAUAGGUGGCAAGCCUGAAGAUCUUGAACAUAGAAUCUUCUUCUUGUGGCGCUUCAAGAAUAUGGGAGAAAUGGCAGAUACAUUUCAAGUCUUAUAUGACAAAGUGAAACCUCAGUGA